AUGUCAGUAGUCUUCAGUGAACCAGCAAGAAAGAUGACACCUAGGAAUAAAUUGUUGGUGCUACUUGUAACCGUCGUUUGGUUGGAAGGAAUAGCUGGUGGCUCGUUUUCAAAUGUGGUAGUGCAAAGAGACGGAGUUGUUCCCGCGGGGUUCAUUAACUACAAUCCACCACUAGCUCUCGGUCCACAAGCGGCCCCGAUAUCUGCGAUUCCCUUGAAAUCAGUAGUAGGCUGCUUGGCACCGUGCAUCAUACCUGAUACUGGUAGUCAAGGCCUGGCCCCAAUACCAGCGUCUGCGAAUGCUAAAAUUAUAGCAUACCAACCAGCAGUUCCUAAUGUUCCAGUUAUAAUGACAAAUAAAGAGGCCCCUAGAGCUUACCAAUACGCCUAUGCUGUUUACGAUGACAAUACUGGAGACAAAAAAUCUCAAAUGGAACAAAGCGAUGGAUCAGUAGUAAAAGGGAAAUAUUCGUUCAUCCAACCGGAUGGCUACCGUCGAGAAGUUGUUUACACCGCCGAUGAUUUGAAAGGAUUUAACGCAGUAGUAAGAAAUAUUUCACCUGAACCAGAACUACCCAAAGAAGGCAAAGAAGAAGUAGCGAAACCCCAACCGCCACCAUGUCCAGAACCUCAAAAUGCGCAACUGAGUGAAACUCCCAAACAGUCGUCGAAAGCGAUUAAUUUAGAAGUUGAACAACUUGAGCAACCAUCAAGAAAGCCAAAAACUGAACCAAAGAGUGUGCAAAAGAAUAUCGAAAUUAGCGAAGAAAAGAAAGAAGAAAAACCAAGCAAGCCGGAACAAAAACCUGAAAAGGAAAAACCUGUUAGAGAAGAACCUCGUCAAACUGUAGGCAAUGUUGAAAAUAGUCCUACUUUAUUCAACAACGUUAUUUCUUACAACGAUAUCAUAAAAUGUCUUCAGACUAAACUUAUAAGUGCAAAAAGCGCAAUUUCUCCUUUAACCUACAUACUUAUUCCCUCUUUACAAGGACCGUGUUAAAACUAUAGAAAUAGAGAUUAAUCUUUGAUAAUUUAUUUGAAGAGGACAAGUAAUUUAUCAACGUAGUCCAAAAAAAUAAAAACGAAAACUAAAGCAAUUGUAUCACGAUACUGAUCUAUAAAGUAACGUUAUUCUCGCAUAUAACAUAGUAUGAUUAUUAUUGCAAUGAUAAAUGAAAUUACGAUAACAUUAU